AUGAUCAUAGAAAAAUAUGGCAAUGCAGAUGAUGUUCUGAACAUUCUUAACAGCUGCAGUAGCAAUGGCAAACUUCGGCUAUCUUUGGUAUAUAACAUCUUAACCAAUUCCUCUACUACAACAAACUGGACUGAAACCACUUGGGAGAGGCUGAAUUACCCUAAACAUUCAAUAAUUCUUUGGCUAGCCUUCCAUUCUAGGCUUCUCACACAAGAAAGGUUGUGUCGAUUUAGAAUUCUCAGCACAAAUUGCUGUGUUCUGUGUUCUAGACAUCCUGAAAACUGCAAUCAUCUGUUCUUUGAUUGUCAAUAUUCGGCUGAAGUGUGGAACAAUGUUAUGGAUUGGUUGGGAUAUACAUGGAGAACUUGUACUUGGGAUCAGCUCUGCAGAUGGUAUUCUAGCUGCUUGAAAGGAAAAGGAUUCAAGAAUGAUUUGAAGCGAAUGGCUCUAUCUGUGACUGUCUACUUUAUCUGGCAAGAGCGGAAUAUCAGGAUCUUUCAGGGGAUUGCAAGGACUUCUGAUACUCUCUUCCAUGCUAUCAAAUUAUCCAUCUUCACUAGAAUUUUGAAUGAUGAUUUUCCUGCACAUAUAAAGGAAAUGAUAGUGAAGUUGUAA